UGCACCGGUACCCAUCAGUAUAGGAAGGAGAGCUGUUGUAAGAGCUCCUUUCAAUAAGAAUUGUGAAGAUGAACAUUUCGAUGAGUGAUUCCCUGGAAACACUUUGGUCAAAUGAAUGGGCAAGAAGAAGCAUUGUAAUAUGUAUUGGAUUCGGAGUCAUUAUUUAUGUUAGAAAAUUCUUUCAAAACAGAAAAAGGGCUAAGUUAAGAGCUGACUGGAAUUCUGUAGGCAAGGAUGUUGUGGUUCUUCAUCAAUUUUGGCGUGGCAAAUAUUGCCCCAAUAUGAGUCCGUUUGUUAUGAAAGUGGAAUGUUUUCUGCGUUUGGCUGGAGUCAAGUAUAUUACUGACACUCAAGAGCCUUUUGGAGCAAGAGGUUUGUGCCCUUGGAUCACUCUGAAUGGAGAAGACAUUGAGGACUCCCAGCAUAUAGUUGAACGUUUGACAGAGCAGUUUAAUGUCAAACUUGACGACCACCUCACACCAGAGAGGAAGGCAACUCUUGAAGCUAUAAGAAUCAUGUUGGAAGAACACAUGUUCUGGAUUUUGUUCAUGUAUAGGUAUUACCAUACAAACUGCAAGGUAUUUAAGAAAACUCAAGUAUUCCCAUCCUGGUUUCUGCAUUACUUUUAUCCAAUACUCAUCUACUACCACUCUCAAAAGCGAGGAAGAGCACAAGGUAUUGCCCGACAUACAUUCGCAGAACAGGUCAAGAUGACUGAGAAAAAUAUGGAAAUCCUUAAUACACUUCUUGGUGAAGGCCAGUAUUUUGGUGGUGACAAGCCCUGUUCAACUGACUGCAUUGUUUUUGGAUUUUUGGCUCAGGGCAUGUGGAAUGACACAGACUCUCCCUUUGAGACACUUAUCAAAGUUACAUAUCCAAAGCUAGCUGCUUACUGCAUCAGGAUGAAGGAGCAUAUAUAUCCUGACUGGAAGAAGCUGUUAAACCCACCUCAAGAAUAAAGGUUUAGAAAGUGUUGAAUUGAUAUGAAAUUGUAGACUGUACAGGUUAAAUGCAUAAUUUCUAAGAUUGUUCAUUGUCAUUGUGAUUUGGGAAUUCAAUAAACAAUAGUAUGUCUGUAUGUCUGUCAUUCUGUAGGCCACAAUCUAGAUGACUGAGAAAGAUGAUGGCUUGGGACUUUUCCUAUGUAGUUAAGGAUUUUCCUUUUUGAGUUUUUAUCUAUUUAUUUAUUAUCAUUUUAUUUAGUUAUUUAGUUAUUUUAUUUAUUUAUUUUUUUACCAAUACAAAAAAUAAGUGCACGCAUAUCCAGAUUAUAGAGUUCGUUGACGGAAUGCUUGGUGAGCUGCAUGAACAAACCCAAAAUGAACUAGCCAAUAAGUUCGUUGACAGAAAGUUUGGGUGUGUGGCUGUGUGCUUGGAUUGGCCAUCGCCUUUAUAUUUUUCAUUUGCCUGAUAAAUAGUUGAUAGUUAGAAAGAGCAUUUAUGGUUGUAGGAUCAUAAGGGUAGAGUCUGCCAGUAGGAAAAGAAUGGCUUAAUAUAUCAAUAUAAGAAGCAUUAAACUUCAAGUAAAUAUUAUGAAAUGUGUUUUUUUUUUAAACAUGGAGGACUGCAAACCCAAUUUUAAGUUUGGGAUAACAAUGCUUGCAUUAUGAAUUGUUCAGUUCUUCAUGAACACUCAUUCCGUCCUAAAAUGUUGACAAAACCAAAUCCUUGAAGAAAUCAAAUCAAAGGAAAUGCAUAUGAGAGACAAGGUGAUAAUUGUAAAAGAAUAACUGAAGUGCUCAUAUUAAUGAUGCUCAGAUAAGCGGAUGCUAGGGCUGGAUUUACAUAAGAGCUAAAUAAGUCAAAGCUUAGGGUCCUCGUUUCCCAAUGAAAGGGCCUCCAAUUUUUUUAAUGACUUUUUAGAAUUGACUUAGUAGCGCAUUCAUUUGAGUUGUUUGUUUUUACUCUUAUUUAAAGCAUUGAUUUUUCAAGCUUCAUAAUAGCUUUACUUUAACUUCACAAGGGGCCUCCAAGCUUCUCACAGCUUUGGGCCACAUCAAUCUUCAUUCUUGGCCUGGAUGAUACUGAACUAUAUACCUAACAAUUAAUAAAUGGUCUAUAAUCAGGUAAUGGAGGUCAAGUAAAUAUAGAAUAGUAAUAUAAAUUUAUUGUUCUUGGAUUAUUAAUUAAUACAAAUUGAAUGCUGUGUGUGGACAGUAUGAUAAUGGCUAUUUGAUUUUUUUUUUUUUUUUUUUUUUACACAUUCGCUUUGUGAUGAAAGCUGUUAUAUAUGAUGCUUGAACCAUUUAUAUUGAACACUAUGACAAAUAUAUAUUGUAGUUCUAAUUUUAUCUGGUAAUUCACAUCUGUUUAGUAUGCUGUUAUCACAUGCAACUGCCUUGAAAUAGUACAUGCACAUACCUAAAUCUAUAAUUCCUAUUACAUACUCAUCAUGAGAAAUAAAUAAUGCAUUUGAAUUGA